AUGACGGGGCAAUCGAAACCUGCCAUUUCGCCAUGGGGCGGCGCUGUCGCCGGCGCGACCGGUGCUGUCCUUGCCAAUGCACUCGUUUAUCCCCUCGACAUUGUUAAGACCAAGCUUCAGGUCCAAGAAAAGCCAAAGCCCGGUGCCGCCGCCAACGACAAGGAUGCGCCGCAUUAUGCUUCGACAUGGGAUGCCAUUUCGAGAAUUCUCCAAGACGAAGGUGUUGAGGGUCUCUAUACCGGCAUGAGCGGAGCGUUACUCGGCGUUGCCUCUACCAACUUUGCCUACUUUUAUUGGUAUACCAUUGUCCGCACCGUCUACGCCACCUACAGCAAGAGCACUGCCGCCAACUCGACCGCCACUGAGCUGUCUCUUGGUGCCGUCGCGGGCGCCCUGGCCCAGCUCUUCACGAUUCCCGUCGCCGUUGUGACGACCAGACAGCAGACCGCCAGCAAAGUCGACCGCAGAGGACUGCUUGCUACCGCCAAGGAAGUUGUCGAGGGCCCAGAUGGCAUCAGCGGUCUUUGGAGAGGACUAAAGGCCAGUCUAGUCUUGGUUGUCAACCCAGCCAUUACGUAUGGCGCCUACGAGCGUCUCAAGGAGACAUUCUGCCCCGGCAGAACUAGCCUCAAGCCGUGGGAGGCUUUCCUUCUCGGCGCAACAUCCAAGGCACUUGCAACCAUUGCCACACAGCCCCUCAUUGUCGCCAAGGUCGGUCUGCAGUCUAAGCCUCCCCCAUCGAGAAAUGGCAAGCCCUUCAAGAGCUUCGGAGAAGUGAUGGCCUUCAUUGUAAAAAACGAGGGCCUACUUGGUCUCUUCAAGGGCAUCGGUCCCCAGAUUAUGAAGGGAUUCCUGGUGCAAGGAAUUCUCAUGAUGGCUAAAGAGAGAGUUGAGUUGCUGUUUGUUCUCUUCUUCCGAUGGCUUGCGAAUAUUCGAUCCAAAAAGGUUCCGCAGGCUGCCGCUGCUGUUGCUAGCCAGGCAGCGGCGGGCGCAACUUUGCUUACCACGAAAUAG